AUGACCAACACAUUGGCCGAGUUACUAGUCACAUAUUCUAAUCAAAGCACAGAGAUUGCAGACUAUGUUUGUACAAAUAUUGGUGGUCUAAAGGAUCUAUAUUGCGGGGAAUUCCCAAUAAAACAUUCCCGGUAAGUUGCAUUAGAUUGCAUUUACUCUCCCAGAGAUUUCACAGCCUUGUUUUAGAUCCGUAGAAUGGUUUGUUUGGAUUUCAUUCAGCUCUUUGAUAUCCGUCGCUCUGAUUGGGAAUGCCAGUGUAAUGUGGAUCAUUAUCAACAACAAAGCGAUGCAUUACUCGUUUAAUUAUUUUUUGUUCAACAUGGCCGUUGCAGAUUUUUUGAUGGCUCUUUUGAACACAGGGACCACCUGGACCUUCAACUUUUAUUAUGAUUGGUGGUACGGGAGCUUCUGUCAUUUUAACAACUUUUUUGGAGUCGCCCCGACUUGUAUCUCCGUUUUCACAAUGAUGAUUGUCAGUCAUGAUCGGUAAGUUUUCUUCUGAAAUCACUACAUUUCAUCUUUUUACAGGGGAAGUAUUGCAUGUGCGACGAUCACAUUUUGAUGAAACUUGGCACAAGUUUAGAAUAUUUUUUUAAUUUGCGAGAAUACUAGCUCGCGCUUUGCAGAAACACUGACAUUUUUAUCGAACAUUUGAGGCUUUUCGCCGAAUUUCGUUGUUAGUCUAUGCCCGACAUGUGUGCAAAAGUUAAAGAAAACCUGAGCGUCGCACUUGCGGUACUUCUCUCGUUAAUAACACAUUCGUUUUUACAAGGAAAGUACUUUUAUGGGGGCUCCUACUUUUUGACGGGACAUAUCUCAAAAAAUCAGAAAAAAUGUGCUGACCAAGGAUAUAUAAAUCUUAGCUGCCCAUUUUAGGUUUUUAGGGGUGAAAACUCAAUCGGAAGGUGGCUUAAAGUCCUAUAUAUGAACCCAUUUUCGCUUAAUUUUUCACAGGUUUACAAUUUUUAUUUUGGCUUAAAAUGAUGUUUAUUGAGUUUCUAAGACGUAAUAAAUCAGUCUUGGCCCAAAAAUUUAUUUUUCCGACCUUCAACUUCAAAAAAAGUUGAUUCAGCCCAAAAGGGAAAUCGAACCCGUGCGGCGUCCUCCCUCUUGAUUCCCAGACUACGGCACUAGCCACUCGGCCACACCGCUCUCUUCCGAAGGAGGAGACCGACUGCGCUUUUUAUCGUUUCGAAUGUCUGCCCCUUUUGUAGGGAAAUAAGCCUGUUUUUGGGCAUUUUCACCCCUAAAAACCUAAAAUGGGCAGCUAAGAUUUAUAUAUCCUUGAUCAGCACAUUUUUUCUGAUUUUUUGAGAUAUGUCCCGUCAAAAAGUAGGAGCCCCAUAAAAGUACUUUCCUUGUUAGAUGUACUGCAAUUGUUGAUCCACUGGGAAAAUUCGCGAUGAGUAGGAGACGAACUCUAAGUUUAAUCGUCGCAAUUUGGCUGGCUGCUGCUUUGGUCAGUCUACCGAAUGUGUUGGCGUCAAGGGUUGAGACCAGAUAUUACUACUCAAAGAUGAGCAAAAGUUUAACCACCACUUAUCUCUGUAAAAAUGAAUACGAUUACAAGUUCGUAUACGAUGACGCUUUGUUCGUGGUGCAAUAUGCAAUACCUUUGCUGGUUCUCACGUACACUUUUGCAAGGAUUCUGUUUGCUUUGAGGAGAAACAACUUCCCAUCUUCAUCCAGAAUCUCUCAGCCACGGAAUUUAGAGCGAGACAAACGAAAGGUACGGGCAGCAUUAUUCAUGGAUGAGACUACUUACAUUCAUGUUUCAGAUUGUAAAAAUGUUGGCUUUGGUGGUGAUCAUCUUCAUGGUCUGUUGGUUGCCGUAUCAAUUAUAUCACAUGUUUCCCGAGUUCUUCAUGGGCAAAGAUGACACAAACUUCGGGACUUACCGUUAUCUCUUCUUCUAUUGGCUCGCGAUGAGUGCUUGUAUGUAUAACCCAAUUAUUUAUUGCGUUUUCAGUGCCCGGUAAGACCUUUGUUUAGACACUUUUAAUGUCUUCAAAUGUAAUCAAUCCUCUUUCAGAUUUCGUGUCGGAUUUGUCUACCUCUUCAGAUGGCUGCCUUUCAUUGACUUCGACGCUUCUUCUGAUCAAUAUCCACCAUCUGAAUUUUCAAGAACCAAGGCCCAAUCGAUUCGGGUUCACAACAAAACGUCCAACUGUUCAGCCGCAUCUCCCUUGACCAAGAGCUCAACUCCUCCGCCAACUUUCUUCACUGAUCCCUGA